GAGACUCAGCCUGGCCUAAAGAGCAAGAGGCCAACUGCUCCUCUUCCCUCCACGUUGUGCUUUCCUCAAAGGCCAGGGCCUCCCGGACAGGGGCAAGUCUCACAUCCAAGCCUUCCCCGGGGCAAUCCGGAUCGUUAUGAUUAUCUCCCACACCUGGCUCGGUUUGCCCGUCGCUGAUUGGGCCCAUCUCCUGCUCCUUCUCCACGCGGUACAAAAAUUCAAGGGGGCCGUCGGGGAACAAGGUUUGGCGGGGGUCCAUCUUGGCCAACUUCAUCCCGUUCAGGACCCGCUCCAGGGCCAAGGGCUUCCCGUCCCCCGGCAAGAGCAAGGCGGAGUGCCCGGCGGGGGUUUCCCGGGAGAGGAGGACGAGCUCGGGACUGGGCAAAGCAGCUCCUCUUCGGGGCUCCAGGAAGAAGUAUUUUCCAUUGGGGAGAGGUCCCAGAGUCAGCAACGGCGGCUCUCGAUCCGAUUUGGCCCCUGGAUCGGAAAGAGUCAUUAGCAAAUCCGGAUCCAUUUUCAUCAGAGAAAAACUGAAGGGGGGUGGAGAAGAGCGUGGGUUGCUUCCCCCCGUUUUAUUUUAAACAGCAAGAAUGUGAGAGGGGGCGGGUCGGAGAAUUAGACGGGGGUGUAAUUCCGGCCGCUCCGCUUUGCUUUCUGCAAGGAAAGGACCCGAUCACUGGUUACGGUGCCGCCGUCGCCACCGCCGGUUUGGACGCAGCAGAGGAAUCGCCGCCGCCGCCGCCGCCACCGCCGGCUCUCCUGCAAACCGGAGCGGCGCUCCGAGGCCAUCGUCUCGCAUCCCUCAUCACCUCCGCACCCUUCCCACUUCCUCUCCAGAAGGAAAAGGCACCCCACACCGGGGUUCACACACGCACCCUCUGCUCCGGAGGUGGGACCGAUCUAUUAGAUCAUGUGUGGGGUGGGAAAUCGAUGUUAAGGAAGCGGGAGGUGGGGUGGAAAGGUUUGCAAUCCAGCCAAGAGGGCACACGCGCAAAAAGCCAGAAUUUUCGAUGGAAGGAGUGCCGGGGGAAGGGGGGAAUCGGCCGCGCGCGCGCACGCACAAAGGCCAGCGUUUUGCAAAGGAGGGCCCAGCUCAAGCAAGGCGGCCUCCAAAAGGGCGCAGAGAGAGAGACUCCGGUCCCCGGAGCAAAGCAGAGGUGGGGCGUGUGUGCAGGAUGCGAAGAGAUCGGGUGCCCCCCAUUCUUAAAACGCUCCUCAGCCGCCUACCCGACGGGUCUGUCUCCCGGCAGCACGGAUCCCCCCUUGCGGCAGCGCGGGCAUGGCAGGCGGCGGGCGCCUCGCUUCUUUCUGCAAGCAACCGGCCGGUCGCGACGGAGGGAGGGCUGCUCGGCUUGUGCCUGCCCGGCGGCUUUCAGGCAGGCUCCUCCCGGCCGGGGGGAGGGGAGGAGGAGGAGGCUGGCUUUGUGUGCGGCGUCUCCAGCUCAGGCUCCACCCGUGCCUUGCCUGGUCCGGAAGGAGAGGCGAGGAAGGACCCUGUGUGGCGAUAUGAACGUUAAGUCUCCACGCAUCCGCUCUUCCCUGGGAAAACGCUGCGUUGUGUUCAACUGGCCGACUCGGAGAAGAGCCGUUGGACUGGAUGGACCUGAGUUGGUUACUUCCAUGAGAAGCCACAGAAUAGAGUCGGAAGGGGCCCGUAAGGCCAUCAAGUCCAUCCUCCUGCUGGACGAAGGGAAGCAGGUUAAAGCAUACCCGACAGCUGUUCACAUGCCACUGAAUCGCCAAAGUUUCUAAGUGGUGUAUAUCAAGAUUGCAAAAAGCACAGAGUGGACAAAAUCCAUUGGAAUUAAGCCUAAAAACAUAAAAGUUCCCUAAAAUGGUUGCUGAAAUAGAAAAGUCUUGGCCAAGUGCCUGAAGUUCAACAGGUAGGGUGGCCUGUUUAAUCUCAGCUGGGAGGGAGUACCACAGAAUUGGGUCCACAGUGCUGAACAGGCAGCUGGCCCAAGUUUACCUAGUGGGUUUGAGGUGGUUGACCGGGGAUUUGAACUCAAGUCUCCCUUGUCCAAGGAUCUUCUCGCUCCUCCCCCCCCAUCCCACAUUUAAAUAAAUAAUAGCUUGUUCAGAUGUGCGACUCUUAAAAUUAGAGGUGCCCGGCCUCAAGGCUAACUACUAAGGCACAACAUUUGACCAUGAAGCCUUUCCCUGAAACAUGGCAGCUGCCUUAGAGACUGAGGGUGCUUCCAGAUAGGUGUUUACUAUGGAAUGGAUGUGGCUCAUACCUGCAUGUUUUUCGUAGAGUCCACAUGACAUCAUAAGCAUCAAAAUACUGGUGGUCCCCCCCCUUUAAUCUGGAUUUUCCUUUUCUGGGAAAAAUCUGAUAUUUUUUUAAAAAGUCACCAACGUCCCAUUUGCGAUAUCUGAAGAGCAGCAUUGAGCCCACGAUCUGGACGCAUCCUCACUGUGGUAAGCCAGUGUUGAGGGACAGAAUGCUGUAUAUGCUUGGAGAUACUCUUACUUUUAUUUCACAUCCUAGGGAACCUGAUGCCGUCAGCUCCUGAAGUUGGCCAUCCAUUUAUUUUCUUAUGUUAGGGUUGCAGCCUGCUAACUUACUGAGAGUUAGCUCCACUGAAAUGAACAGAUCUAGGUUAGUCAUGUUCAUUUUUUAAAAUAGGUCUGCUCUGAGUUGGACUAACAUUAGAUGCAGCUCUUAAAUUGUGAACUGCCUUGGGUGCCUUGAUGAGAAAAGUGGUAUAUAAAUGCAACCCAUCAAUAAAGAGCGUUGAUCCCUGCUGUCAGCUACUGGCUCAGAUAAUGCACUAGGUUUCACUAUAUUUACACUGCAAUUGAAUAGAUUUGGCAGACAAGCAUGUAUGAAUAAAGAAACCGUCCCAAAGCAGGCAAGAAUCGCCUUAGCUUUCAAGGCCCUACAUGCAUUAGCACCAAUAUAUCCAUCAAAUCGUAUUCUGGAAUUUAAAUCUCAACAACCAACAAGAGUACCCUUCGAACAUUCUCUUAUCAUUCCAUCUACCUUUAUAAUCCGCCGCUCCAAUACUAGGAACAAAGCUUUUUCGUGCAUAGCUCCCAUCUUAUGGUAUAACCUGCCACCAGAGAUCCGAUGUUCCUCCUCACUCACGAUCUUUCGCUGUCAGUUAAAAACAUUUUUGUUUCUUCAAGCUUUUAAUGUUAACAUUUAAAUUGUUAUAACUAUUGCAUUAUUGAUUUUCUUAAUUUUAUCUUUUAAUUGUAUAUUGUUUUGUAUUAGACAUUGUCUUAUU